GCUUGGUCUUCCAUAUACCCGUCGCUCAACGCCAACUACCCAACGCCACCACCGCCAACCACACAACUUCAAUGGCUAUCCUCUGCAACGAGCUCAACAUGUCCUCCCAGAACCUUCCUCCGUGUCCAGGGCCGCCACCCACUCGUCCACUCCCGCCGAUUCCGUCGAAAUAGACACGGCUAACGCCACUUCUCUCUCUUCUCACGCUUGUCCUUUCGAGACCGCACUUGGCUUUGGCGCAUUCUUCGACAUCGAUAUCCAGCUCUACUCAGCACUAUUAUCCGAAUUACUACCUCCGCCCUAAUACUCGCAUACCUCGAAUUCUCAUACGCACCCCGCCCUGGUGCGCCGCCAUCGUGUGGCAUCCACACUUGCACCAUGGAUUGGACGCCUCUGCUGCAGCGGACCCCGGUCCGCCAUGCGCCGCCAAGUUGCCGGAUAAAGCGACCGAGAACAAACCAUCGGAUGCGGUUCACAAGUCGAUUUCUUAUCCUGCUGCGCCUUGCGCCAGUCUCGUCCGCUGGAGGCUCAUCCCAUCGACUGUUCGGCGCAAUGCCCAACCGGGCCUUGCAAGGCAAGCUCAUCCUGGGCUCCCCCACUGCGUCCCGGUGCAUCCGCUACGGCCGCCUCUUCUCUGACUCACCGCGCGCUGGCCGGGUGGAUGGAGUCAGCAUUCCCUCUUUAGUUUGUUGCCUUUGUUAGCACAGCUGUUGUAAUACUGAGCGAUUUUGUUCCUUGCUUUUCAGUAGACUGCAUCAGCUGGUGUGGAACAUGGGCAUGAUUGUACUCUUAGAAUUGGGACAUCAGUGGGAGUUUCUGAAUGGAGGCUUCAAUGCCAUGGAUUAACG